CGACGUCCGCACCCGAUCUGAUCUCGUGUGUUAAUCUCCCAUUCUCUCUCCCUCAUUAGCUCUCUAAUCCACUUUCAGGCAUCCCCGCGCCUUUGUCUAUUGCUAGCUUCUCGCAAUGGCCGACUCCAACGAACCCCAGCCGGUUGUACCGGUCCCUCGCUCCACUAAGCCCGUCAGCGAGGCCCUGCUCAAUGAGAAGUGGGAUCGCGCCAUCUCCUCCCUCAUCAUCCGCUCCUCCCUCGGUCUCUCCUUCGGUGUUGUCUUCUCCGUCCUGCUCUUCAAGCGGAGAGCCUGGCCCGCCUGGGUUGGUCUGGGCUUCGGUGCCGGCCGUGCCUGGGAGGAGGCUGACGCUUCCUUCCGUCGGGGUGACUCUCCCGUCAGAGAUGCUCUGCGCCGGUAGAGCAAACCCGACUUGGCAUCUGAUUCUGUAUGAUACCUGUAUAGCUGGGACGGCAAAACAAGUUGGUGGUGAGGGCACACAGCAGUCGUGCAGUUUAGAAGGAUUUUCUAGACUUUUCUUUACACUUUUAGCAUGCAAUUCUAUCGUUGUACCUGUUCGAUCUUCUCGGUGCAUCUACAGUAGCCAAGCACCAGAUUCUCACUUGCUUUUUGCCGGUCCAUGGUGUGCUCGCA